UUCAGUAAUCGUGUAUUCACAAACCUUAAAGCUGAUUAAUUAAUAUAAUUAGUAAAAUACUAGACUAGAACAUUAAUUUUAAACAAUUAACAAAGUGUAAAUUUUGCUGUAUUGUACAAUUAAUUUUCAAUUGAAUGUAAAUCGAAUAAAAUUUUGCAUGCAACCCUGCGCUGUAUGCCACUGCUUGGGUAAUUAAAAGCCAAUCGCUAAUUGCUAGUUCAAUUAAGGUGCAAAAUGAAGAGGGAAAACAUGAAUUCGCCAAAAGCAAAACGGAAGCGCCUAUCAUGGACUGAGGGAGCUGAGCUGGCCGUUCUGGAUUUGUGGGCUGAGUAUGUAGUGGAGCUCCGUGCUGCACGUAAAAAUAUGCACAUUUAUGAGAAGAUAUCUGAAGGAUUAGCACAGUUGGGCUAUAUGUAUAAUGGGCGGGAGGUGCAAGUGAAAGUGGCCAAUUUUACACAGCGUUAUCGCAACGAAAAAGCGUAUUUGAUGGAAAGUGGUGCAUCAAUAUCUUCAUGGUCGCAUUACGGAAGAGUCCACCAGAUAAUCGGACGUUUCAAAACAAAUUCAUUUUGUGAAUCCACUAUGAAAUCCAUUCAAGGGGAAUCUUGUAAUGCAUCAUGCUUCUCACCGACCGUACCGCCGUCUGCACCUUCGUCGCCAGUUCCAUUGCCGCCAGUUCCUUCACCGCCGGCAUCUCCACAUACCAGCAAUUAUGCGCGUGUAACCCACGCUAAAAAGAAGAAGGCACCGAGUCAAUUUCAAAUGAAAGUGUUGGACAAAUUCGAGGAACUAUCAACAGAGAUAAUACAAUAUUUAAGGAAUAGUGAAGAAAAUGAAAGACAGUUACUUGAAGUUGAACGACAAAAGGCGGAGUGCAUGAAAAAGUUUAGGGAAGUUAACACCGAGUUGAAAGACGCUAUUAUUAAGUUUUUAGAGAAAAAAUAACAAUGUAUUUAUGUAAAGUUUAUGUUAAAAUAGAAGAGUCAUAUUUAUAGUGUA